GAAAGAGGCUUUCUGUCCGAUUCAACCAUGCCGGCUGGAAGCCAGGAAUCUGAAUGUACUCUGAGUUAUCAGCAGAGGCAUGAUGAAGAAGCUGUGGUGGACCAAGGUGGAACAAGUUCAAUUCUCAACAUUCAUUAUGAAAAAGAGGAGCUAGAAGGGCAUCGGACCUUGUAUGUUGGAGUACGUAUGCCUUUGGGUCGACAGAGUCACCGACAUCACAGGACCCAUGGAUCAAAGCACAAGAAGCGAGAUAGAGUGAAAGGUGCCAUCCAGGAAGAAGGAAAGGAUAAUCUCCCUUAUGACACACCUUCUCAGCGAGUUCAGUUCAUUCUGGGAACUGAAGAUGAUGAAGAUCACGUUCCACAUGAACUCUUUACAGAGCUUGAUGAAAUCUGCAUGCGAGGAGGUGAAGAUGCUGAGUGGAAAGAAACUGCCAGGUGGUUGAAAUUUGAGGAAGAUGUUGAGGAUGGUGGAGACCGUUGGAGUAAACCGUAUGUUGCCACGUUGUCAUUGCACAGCCUGUUCGAGUUGAGGAGCUGUAUCAUUAAUGGAACAGUUUUGCUGGACAUGCAAGCAAACAGCAUUCAAGAAAUUGCAAACAUGAUUCUUGAUCAUCAGGAAGCAUCCAUGGAACUGGAUGAAAACAUCCGUGCGAAAGUGCGUGAAGCUCUUCUGAAAAAACAUCACCAUCAGAUUGAGAAGAAAAGAAACAAUCUCAUUCCGAUUGUCAGAUCUUUUGCAGAGGUUGGGAAAAAGCAAUCUGAACCUCAUUCCAUGGACAAAGCUGGUCAAAUGUUAUCCCCACAGUCCAUUCCAACUCAACCUGAAGUAAAAAAUGGAGUCAACCAUGACAAUACAAACGUUGAGUCAAGCAAGGUUGAUCUCCAUUUCAUGAAGAAGAUCCCGAUUGGUGCUGAAGCCUCUAAUGUCCUGGUUGGUGAGCUAGAUUUUCUCAACCGGCCAAUUGUGGCAUUUGUGCGUCUCUCUCCAGCUAUCCUCCUUACAGGACUUACUGAAGUUCCAAUACCUACCAGGUUCCUUUUCAUUUUACUUGGACCGGUUGGAAAGGCACAACAAUACCAUGAGAUUGGUAGAUCUAUGGCCACUAUAAUGACUGAUGAGAUAUUCCAUGAUGUAGCCUACAAAGCCAAAGAUCGCAGUGAUCUUCUUGCUGGGAUUGAUGAAUUUCUUGAUCAGGUGACCGUUCUGCCCCCUGGUGAAUGGGAUCCUUCCAUCCGAAUCGAACCUCCAAAAAAUGUUCCAUCUCAGGAGAAACGGAAGCAGCCAGGAAUCCCAAAUGGUAAUGCUUGCCAUAUUGAGCCUGAACCGCAAGUGGGCCACACAGGUCCUGAACUGCAGCGCACUGGAAGGCUAUUUGGGGGUUUGAUCCUUGACAUUAAACAGAAGAUGCCUUAUUUCUGGAGUGACUUCAGAGAUGCCCUUAGCUUACAGUGUGUGGCGUCCUUCCUGUUCCUGUACUGUGCCUGCAUGUCUCCUGUAAUCACGUUUGGUGGCCUCUUGGGAGAAGCGACAGAUGGAUGCAUAAGUGCAAUUGAGUCUUUGUUUGGAGCUUCCAUGACUGGAAUUGCUUAUUCCCUCUUUGCUGGGCAGCCUCUCACUAUACUGGGCAGUACAGGUCCUGUGCUAGUGUUUGAAAAGAUUUUGUUCAAAUUCUGCAAGGACUAUGACUUGUCUUACCUUUCUUUGAGAGCGAAUAUUGGACUUUGGACAUCAUUCCUGUGUAUACUGCUUGUUGCCACAGAUGCAAGUUCUCUUGUCUGCUACAUAACUCGUUUUACUGAGGAGGCAUUUGCCUCUCUCAUCUGUAUAAUUUUCAUCUAUGAAGCCCUGGAAAAGUUGAUCCAUUUGGGAGAAAUUUACUCUUUCAAUAUGCAUUCAGAUCUGGACCAGCUUACUCAAUACUUCUGUAUGUGCACAGAACCGCAUAAUCCUAACAACAGAACUCGAGAGUACUGGAAGAUGCAAAAUAUUACAAGCUCAUCAAUUCCUUGGGCAAAUCUGACUGUCAGUGACUGUAGGGCAUUUCAUGGUGAAUUUGUUGGCCCUUCAUGUGGACCCCAUGGACCAUACACCCCAGAUGUCCUUUUCUGGUCUGUUAUAUUAUUCUUUUCUACAUUUGCCCUAUCAGGGUUUCUCAAGCAGUUUAAAACAAGUCACUAUUUCCCAACUAAGGUACGGUCGAUGAUAAGUGAUUUUGCAGUUUUCCUGACCAUCUUGUCCAUGGUUCUUAUUGACUGUGCCUUGGGAAUACCAUCACCAAAGCUUCAAGUUCCCAGCAUCUUUAAGCCUACAAGAGAUGACCGUGGGUGGCUAAUUAACCCCAUUGGCCCAAAUCCCUGGUGGACUGUCAUUGCUGCCAUCAUCCCAGCUCUACUCUGUACUAUUCUUAUUUUCAUGGACCAACAGAUCACUGCUGUCAUAAUAAACAGGAAGGAACACAAGCUGAAAAAAGGAUGUGGCUAUCACCUUGAUCUCCUGAUCGUGGCUGUAAUGUUGGGUGUGUGUUCAAUCAUGGGUCUGCCUUGGUUUGUAGCUGCAACUGUUCUCUCCAUCUCUCAUGUGAAUAGUUUGAAGCUAGAAUCAGAAUGUUCAGCUCCUGGUGAACAGCCCAAAUUCCUUGGCAUUCGAGAGCAGCGUGUCACUGGUCUGAUGAUCUUCGUUCUCAUGGGCUGCUCAGUGUUUAUGACUGCUUUCUUAAAGUUCAUUCCAAUGCCUGUGCUUUAUGGAGUCUUUCUUUACAUGGGGGUUUCAUCGCUGAAAGGAAUUCAGUUCUUUGAUCGUCUGCAACUAUUUGCGAUGCCAGCCAAACACCAACCGGACUUUAUCUACCUACGUCAUGUACCUCUGCGCAAAGUUCACCUUUUUACACUCAUACAGCUCACCUGUCUAAUCCUACUAUGGGUCAUCAAAGCCUCACCUGCUGCUAUUGUCUUUCCCAUGAUGGUAUUAGCUCUAGUUUUUGUUAGAAAAUUGAUGGACCUUUGCUUUCUGAAGCGUGAGCUAAGCUGGCUUGAUGAUUUAAUGCCUGAGAGUAAGAAGAAAAAGUUAGAUGAUGCCAAAAAAGUCAAAGAGGAUGGGGAAUCAGAGAAAAUGCUGGAACCAGGGGACAGUGGUGUGCAACUACCAAUGGAAAGUAGAAAACUGCUUCAGAGUCCAGUAAAGAGUAAUAUUUAUAGGUGUGAUCCAUCUGAAAUUAAUAUCUCUGAUGAAAUGUCCAGAUCUACAGUUUGGAAGGCACUUAGUAUGAAUACAGAGAGCACCAAAACUAAGGAUAAUACAACUUCAAAAAGUUCCAUUCAAAAACCAAUGUAAGAUGAUAUUCCUUGGAUCAGGAUUAAAUCCAAACCUUGAUAAUGAAGGAUGAAGUUGUAAUUGACUCAGGGAGAGCCAAAACAGGAGGAUUUGCAAUUAAAUAUUCACAGUGCAUCAUGGAAGAUCCUUGGAAACUAAAACAAGUUGAAGGCAGCACAUUGUCCUUUUAAGUACUCAGAACCCCAAUAAAGCCUUUAAGAGUCUAAAGUUUUAAUGAAUUUGAAUUUUAAUUUUCUGUUUUGCAAAUCAUUAGGUUGGCCAGAAAUUAAUGAAAGUUUAAAUUGGAGGAAAGUCAGUGUAAUUUUGCAUAUUUUUAAAAUUUUCAGUUUUGUAAUAAAAAGCCUGACAGAAAUCAACCUUUGAAAGG